AUGAUCCUGCUUGCAGCCCUUGUCCUCGCUGCGCCUAGUUUGUGUCGCGCGAGCCAUUACCAGGCUUCUUGCCAGGCGGAUGAGGUGGCUGGUGAAAUCCAGGGGGAGGAUGGCAUGGUAUGUGCACCAAAGUGCUCUGCCUCCUUCGAGUGCCCGAUGGACACCCCGCUCACCUCUACGGCGCAGCCCCAGUGCAUGCUGCAGACCGUCGACCAGGCUUUCUACUGCGGCCUCCUGUGCCAGGCGGAUGCGCAGUGCCCGAGUGGUGCAUCCUGCCGCAAGGUGGGCACGCAGGGCGUUGGCUUGUGCAUCCAUCCGCUGUCCUUCGCAGACUGGGCCCGCUUGUCCACGCGGGUGAAGCUGGCAAUAGGCUUCCCCAGCGCUCCUUCUGGGUCGUCAGCGGGGAGCAAGGGCUUCCAGGUCGCGAAGGCGUACUCCGCUCUGCAAAGCCUCAAGCGGCGAUACGCGAUAUCUGACGGCGACGCUGAUGUUUUGACUGUCAAGGAGAUGCUGGCGGCAGCAUCGCUUCCUCUUUCCUUGGCCGAGCGGGAGCAGCAAGCUUUGACCGGUCUUACCAGCAUGGUGAAGAAGGCCAUAGAGCAGGGCAACGCCAAGACCGGGCUCGUCUCCGAGGUUUCUUCGGAUUUGAAGUUCUUUGGCAACAACAUGGUUGCGGGACCGUCCGGCUGGGAGCGUGAAGCGGAGAGUGUCGUUUGGAACGUAGAGCACAUCGAGAACUACGGGGCGGCCACGGGUCU